AUGGCUCGGCUCAAAGCCCGAGUGACUAUUCUUGAAGAAAAGCUAGCCCAAAUCCAAACGACAAGGUCCUCGGACACGGUACUACCGGGAAAGAAGAGAAAUCUACCGGAAGCGGCUACGGCACCAGCACGCAAGAAAGUAGUCAAGCGGCCGGAGACUGAGGAGCUGAUCACUAAGGCAGAGCUCCUGACCUGUCCUUCCGAAGCUUCGAAGUUCGAUCGGCGAUACCUCACAGGAAGACGGUCUCCACACACCCUCCACCGAGCCUUCUCAAAGGCCUAUCUACAAUGGACGCUGGAUGACAUGGAUUCACGUGUCACUGCGUUUAGACUUCGGCACCGAAAUGCCGACUUUUGCCCCAUCCGAACUUACUGCCAGCACUGGGAAAUUGUCGAUGGCACUGAACCUCACGAGAAAGAGGAUAUAUACGUUCUGCUCCUCUGUAUAGACAAUCAGUCAGUCGAAGAGGGGGAUAGUGGAUGCGAGGGGAUCAAUAUGUUUGAUGAGGAGGAGCCUGUCGCUAACCGUAUCACUGUUCAGCCCUGUCGCAUCUUCUGUGAUUUGUUCCCUGACUUUGGUGCUAUAUGGGAUCAAGGGUAUGCGGUCCUUCAUUGUCUUGUGCUUGAUUAUGGUAAGACGGUGGAGGAGGAUGGAGAUGAGUGGAAGUGGUUAGACCAGUUUGGGCGACUGAUAUCGAGAAUGUGA